AUGGACCUCUCAGGCUUCGACCCAUCGACAAUGACCUACCUCGCUACCCAGAUGCAGCACCCGAACGUAGCGGACGGCCAGGAUCCCUUCCAAGACAUGCUGCUACCCACUGAUUUCGGCGGCGGCGGCGGCGGCGACCAGCAUUCGGCCUACGGAGGCUACGCAGGGUAUGGCGUAUCACAAGCGCGACCAUGGCGUGCGAGGUGUAGAAGACGCAGAGACUGACCGAGGCGACAGAAGCGACGACCUCAAUCUGCAUGGCUUACAUGGUCCGCCGAUUAAGCGUUUCGCCGCGAGCGCAUACGAAGACCCAUUCUCCGACGUCGUGAGCGCCUUCGAGAACCCCGUGCACCAAGAGACGAACGACGCCGAACCAUCCGUUGACCGCGAUAACAAGCUCCUCAGCUUCUACCCGCCAUCUUUCGACUACACACUGCUCGACUACACCUAUCGGAGGACAGCGAUAUCGCUACAAGCGCAGCUGCAUGGCAUGUUCUUCCUGGCAGAAUCACCGUGGGCAUCAGCUGGAGAACAGAAUCCACCGCCGUCGGAGCUGACAUGCUAUCGGCGGAAUCUAUUCCAGAUAACUGGCGAAAUCACACUCCCCCCAACGCUGCGAUACAUCAUGACAGACCAAGGAGAGCAAAUACCGAUCAUCGGGCAAGAGUUGAUGAUAAGCGCAACAGAAUCGACGGAGGGAAACCCCGUGAAGAUCAUAUCAGUGCCUUGGAAGACACCAGCGAACUCAAACAUGCCUGUGCCGGAGGACAAAGUGGAGCGUGAACCACCGUCUAUCCCGCUUGACUUGAUGAACGUGCCGGAGAUGAGUACGGAUUUCGCGAGCUUCCCAUUUCAGUGGAAGAGGCUCCAGUUUCGGAUAGCGACGGCCAACAACGGAAGGCGCAAAGAGUUGCAGCAGCACUUUGUCGUCAGGCUGAAAGUCAUUGCGACACUGGCGACAGGCGGAAAGAUUCCCAUCUGCGAGGUCCAGUCCGGAGCAAUCAUCGUGCGAGGGCGAAGCCCCAGGAAUUUUCAGUCGCGGAAGGAUAUGCCGUUGAACGGUAGUGGUCAUACGCGCAAGUCGUCCGGUCUGCCAGGUCAAAGUCGAGCGGCCACAGUGGCCGGAGGGGAGCGAACCAGAACAGAGGCACCAACAUCUGCUCCUGUGAAGACUGAAGCGCCGGUGCCUCCAAUGACCAUUCCGCCGUUCUUUGAGGGGAACGAUGUCAUAGGAAGGCACGACAACUACGACUGGACACAGAGCAAUGCCGGUGCGCAAGACUACGAUCUUGCAGCGCAGCCUCGAACUACUCCACCGAAUGUGACAGCUGCAUACCCCAUGUCGUCGCCAGGUAUCAUGCGGAAUCAAAAGCAGACCGCGGCGUCAUCGGCCGCACCCAUAAAUCUCUCAUUGGUAGAGGAAGAUUCACCCAAGCCGGGCAACAGGAGCACCACUCCACCGGAAGUAUGGGCAACGAAGAGAUUGCAAAUCCCUCCAAGGCCGCCUUCAUUCACCAUCAAUACGAUCAAUAGCCCCGAGGAGAGCGCAGACUUGCUGUAUGAGUACUUCCCGCUGGGUCUCGAUGACUGGAUGCCGCCCGUGGAUGCGGUGUACCGACCUCAUGUUGUGCAUCACACAAAGCUGCCCACUGAUCCGAGAGAUCCGGUGCAGAGUGCAAAGAUGAGGAGUAAGAGGCUUUACAGCGCGGACGUUGGCAGCUGA